AGAUAACUAAUUUUUCCGAUCAAUAGUCAAUCAUCUCCCUCCACACACAAAACACAAGCUUUUCCAUAAUUAUAGAAAUAAUUCUGCAAAGAAAUUAGUUUCGUUUCAAUGGCGAAAAAAGCAGUGUUGAUAGGAAUCAACUAUCCAGGCACAAACGGGGAGCUAAAAGGCUGCAUAAACGACGUGAAGAGAAUGCACAAUUGCCUCAUCCAACGCUACGGAUUCUCCGAUCAGGACAUAAAGGUGUUGAUAGACACCGAUGAUUCUUACGAUCAGCCCACGGGGAAGAACAUCAGACGUGCUUUGAAUGAUCUCGUGUGUUCGGCUGAGUCUGGGGAUUUUCUGUUUGUGCACUACAGUGGGCAUGGCACCAGGCUUCCUGCUGAGGAUGAUGAUGAAACCGGCUACGAUGAAUGCAUUGUGCCCAUGGAUAUGAAUCUCAUCACUGAUGAUGAUUUCAGAGAGUUGGUGGAUGAAGUCCCAGAAGGUUGUCGCAUAACAAUCGUAUCGGAUUCAUGCCACAGUGGGGGAUUGAUCGAAGAGGCGAAAGAGCAAAUCGGUGAGAGCACAAAGCACCAUGAUUCCGAUUCAGAGUCAGGUUCUGGGUUCAAUAUCUUCUUCAACCAAACAGUUGAGGGUCGUGGAAUACAUGACGAGAGUAUCUACGUGAAAAGCCGACAUCUCCCCCUCUCAACUCUAAUCGAAAUGCUCAAGCAGAAAACCGGCAAAGACGACAUCGAUAUCGGGAAAGUAAGGCCGACCCUUUUCGAUGCAUUCGGAGAAGACGCAAGCCCCAAAGUGAAGAAGUUCAUGAAGGUCGUUAUAACCAAACUACAGGAUGAAGACGAAGGGUUCAUGGGGACUCUUGGGAGUCUGGUGCUACAGUUUCUUAAACAGAAGCUUGUUGAAGACGAAGGGUACGGAAAAUGGGCGCUCGAGACCGAACAUAGAGAAGCAACUGUGUACCCUCUUCCAGACAACGGAAUUCUUAUCAGUGGUUGCCAGACACACCAAACAUCGGCGGAUGCUUGCCCGCCGGGAAAUCCGAAUCUAGCAUAUGGUGCAUUAAGCGAUGCCAUUCAAACAAUACUUGCAGAGUCGGAUGGCUCAGUUACUAAUCGAGAACUUGUUUUGAAGGCCAGGCAAAUGCUUAAAAAAAAGGGUUACACUCAGAGCCCUGGCCUUUACUGCAGCGACUAUCUUGUUGAUACUCCAUUUAUCUGCGAUUAAAUGAU